GAAAUUAAAUAGCUAUUAAUUUUCCAAGACGAUGAAGAAAUUUGUGGUGCCAGGUCCACUCUCCACAUGCUAAGAGAAAAAAAAUACUCUAUCCCUUCACCUCAAGAAAAUUUCAAAGGGUUGAAUCCAUCAUGCCUUAAAAUCCGAACCGUCAAAUAUCUAAAAAAUAAUUUAAUUAUUAUCUUUUUAACGAUCACGAUCUAAUUUUAAAAAUAUCAAACUUGCUGAGAUCAAAAUAUGGUAACCUCCACUGUACAUAUAUUGCACCAUCUAAAAAAUAUGGUAACCAUCACCAUCGAAGUAAGGAAUGCCUACCAGAACAACGCAAAUCGCUUUUCCGGCCACCGCCGUGGUUGCGCUCGUCCUUCUCCUCCUCCCGCUAAUUAUACUCGCCGAUGACUUACAAAUCCCGAACGAUAAAACUCAACUAACUGCAUGGUUCGGCAGAACCAUCAAGAACUAUAAGCUCCGGAGGGCGACGCUUGAUCCAGAGCUGGUGAAGGCGGAGGACAACUUAAAAAUCAUUAAGGUGAGUAAAAGUGGCGGAGGAGACUUCAAGACGGUGACGGAUGCCGUCAACAGUGUUCCGGAGGGUAACGCUGGGCGCGUAAUUAUAUGGAUUGGAGGCGGAGUAUAUGAAGAAAAAAUCAAGAUUGAUAGGACUAAGCCCUUCGUCACAUUCUACGGAUCACCCGACCACAUGCCCAUGCUGUCAUUCGACGGGACGGCGGCCAAGUACGGGACGGUGGACAGCGCCAGCCUGAUAGUGGAAUCUCAUUACUUCAUGAUGGUGAACAUAAUUGUCAUUAACUCGUCCCCGAAGCCGGACGGGAAACGGAAGGGGGCGCAGGCGGUGGCGCUGAGGAUUUCAGGUGAUAAGGCCGCGUUUUAUAACAGCAAGCUGAUCGGUUUUCAGGACACCCUAUGUGAUGAUAGGAACAGACAUUUUUUCAAGAAGUGCUACAUUGAAGGCACUGUCGACUUCAUAUUUGGGAGCGGCAAGUCCAUUUUUUUGAGCACAGAGGUACAUGCCAUGGGAGACGGGGCGAUGCCUACGGUGAUAACCGCGCACGCAAGGAACUUGGAAUCAGAGGACACAGGAUACUCAUUCGUUCACUGCACGAUAUCUGGUACUGGGAGCACCACAUUCUUAGGGCGGGCAUGGAUGGAUAGACCCAAGGUGGUGUUUUCCCACACCUACAUGAGCUCUGUUGUGAACCCUCUUGGCUGGUCCAAUAACCUCCACCCUGAUCGAGACUCAAUGGUUUUCUUUGGAGAAUACAACUGCUUGGGACCAGGAGCAAACAUGUCGAGACGAGCUAAAUUCACGAAGAAGUUGGAUUUCAAUGGAGCCAAGCCCUACAUCAGCCUCAACUACAUUAGGGCUUCAUCAUGGUUGCUUCCUCCGCCAAACCUAGCACUCCAUUGAAGCACAUUAUAC